AUGAAGGACCAAUCGAUUUCCGACGGCGACGGCGGGGACGGCGGCGACGGCGAACCUCUUCUCCCCCUCCAGGCGGCGGCCCCGCCGCCUGGGUCGCCAUCGCAGCCGGCGCUCAGGGGAAACUAUUUGUGGAUUCUCCUCGGCCCGGCGGCCUGCGCGGUGGUGAGGCUGGUGGUGGUGGUGGACGGGAAGCCCAUGGCGCGGGACGUGCUGGCGGCGCUGGCGUGGAUCUUCGUCUGGUGGCUGACAAACGCGGUGCCAAUGCCGGUCACCUCCUUGGCGCCACUCUUCCUCUUCCCCUUGUUCGGGAUCGCCACCGCCGAGGAGGUCGCCAAGUCCUACAUGGACGACAUCAUCUCCCUCGUCCUCGGGACAUUCAUCCUCGCCAUCGCCGUCGAGCACUACAACAUCCACCGCCGCCUCGCCCUCAACGUGAGCUUCCACCCCAGAGCGCCGCCCCAACCCCCCCAAUCGCUGGCGAGAUCUGACUAAUACGCCCCCCUGCUCUGCAGAUCAGCCUGGCCUUCUACGGGGGGGACGCCAUGAACGCGCCUCUCCUCCUCCUGGGAAUCUGCUCCACCACGGCCUUCGUCAGCAUGUGGAUGCACAACACGGCGGCGACGAUGCUGAUGAUGCCAGUGGCGAUGGGGAUUCUGCAGCGGCUCCCCGCCGCCGGAGGGCACCAGGACGUGAUCCGGUUCUCCAAGGCGGUGGUGCUCGGAGUGGUCUACUCGGCGACGAUCGGCGGGAUGAGCACCGUUACGGGCACCGGCGCGAACCUCCUGCUGGUGGGGAUUUGGCGGAGCUACUUCCCUGCGGCGAAGCCCAUUGGCUUCAGCACCUGGUUCUUCUUCGGAUUCCCCCUGGCCCUCCUCAUCUUCUUCUGCCUCUGGGGCAUCCUCUGCUACUUCUACUGCUCCAAGAGCUCCAGCGACGUCCUCUCCUCCCACAUGGACAAGACCCACCUGAAAAGGGAGCUGGAAAAUCUCGGUGAGCCGUCAUUCUUCGCCAUUAAACCUACUUCGGAUCACUCUUCUCUUAUAGUUCGCCUUUCUCUAGCACAGGCCCCAUGGUUUUCGCGGAAAAGGCGGUCCUAAUUGUGUUCUCGGUGAGUAUACAAGCCCAUCAUCUUCUGCCGCACUCUUCUUCCUCGUACCACACCUAAUCUCUCUCUCUCUUUCUCUCUCUCUAUGUCUCUCUCUCGCUCUCGCUCUGCAGACUCUGGUGUUGCUCUGGAUGACGAGAAGUCUCACGGACGAAGUACCAGGGUGGGGGACUCUCUUCAAAGGGAACGUCGGCGAUGGCACCGUUAGCGUAAGCUCAGAUCCAGAAAAGACCUAUAUCGAUUAAAUGUUAAAGAAGUUUUUUUAUAGAUUAUAAUCUGAUUUUUUGUGAAAAUCUAUGGUUUGCCCGCAUUCUUCUCCGGAUAGGCGUGUUCUGCUCAUUCCACACGAAACUCAGAUUACACGAUUUCUCUCUCUAAACUGCUCCCACCUCAUCUGCGCCGUUCCUAUGUUCUCUUCUUCUCACUGGUAUCCCGAGCAUGACGACGACCUCCUGGGCGGCGCAGGUGAUGAUGGCGACGCUGCUGUUCGUGAUCCCGAGCAAGAAGAUGCCGGGGGAGAAGCUCAUGGACUGGAAGAAGUGCGAGAGGCUCCCGUGGAACAUCGUCCUCCUUCUCGGCGCCGGCUUCGCCAUCGGAGACGGCGUUCACCGGAGCGGCCUCGCCGACACCCUCUCCGCCUGGCUGGGCUUCGUGAAGACCACCCCUCGCGCGGUCAUCCCCCUUCUGGUCGCCCUCGUCAGCAGCACCAUCACCGAGUUCACCUCCGACAACUCCACCACCAUUCUCGUCGUCCCCCUGCUGAUCGAGCUCGCCAAGGCCAUGGGCGCCCACCCACUGCUCCUCAUGGUGCCCGGCGGCGUGGGCUCCCAGUUCGCCUUCCUCCUCCCCACAGGGACGCCUUCCAACAUCAUCGCCCUCGCCACAGGUCGCAUCGAGAUCAUGGACAUGGUCAAGACGGGGCUGCCGCUCAAGGUGGCAGCCCUCGGCGCGCUGUCCCUCCUGAUGCCAACCCUCGGUGAAGAAGACCUCUCCUCAACUUCCAGUUUACCAUUGAACGCCGAUUCCAGAGAGCUCCAUUAAUCUCUCCAUUACUUCAUUCCUUCUCCUGCUUCCUUCCAGGAGCCUCCGUCUUCGGGACGAACUGGAACAUCUAA